CUUCUGCGGGAGCGCCCAAGCCGAGCGCAGGAGGUGGCGAUCUGAGCGAUCUGAGAGCCGGCGAUCUGAGAGCCGGCAAGAGUACUUCAGAACUUUUGAAUCCUCUUGGAAAGCGCAAAAACAAGAAACUGCUUUUAAAUGUCUCUCAUACAGCUGAACGUGUUCCAGGGAAAAGCUGUUUAUUCUGCAAAAUUCAGAAGUCUGCAUUCUCUGGGGUUUUAAAUAAGUGUAAAAUGAAAAUUGUUUAAAAUUUAGCCUUCAGAAUGAAUAUUGAAAGGUCAGAUGACAAAGCGAAGAAUGGCUUGAAGUCUUCCUUACUUAUAAGGGAUGAAAAUGGAAAUGACUACACAUGUGACAAAGCUACGCUUCCUUCAAAGAAUUGUGCUGCCAAGUUACAUGGUGAUUCAACUGACCAAAAUAUAGUGACUGAGAAUGAAGGUGAUGCUGUUCUUGAAGAUAAGAGUGACUUUGGAAGUAUUCUUUUAAAGCAGCAGUGUAUUGAAGCAUUUCAUCUGCCAAGGGUGCCUGCUAAAUACAACUGCCAAGGAGGAAUUCUCUUAGGAGAUAAAGAUAAUGUAUGCAACUCUUCUCUGACUGAGCAGACUAGUGUAUAUCCUUUGAAUUGUGACUUGAAAGAAACAACAAACUUCCUGAAAGGUAAUGUGGCUGUGACAAAAAUGCAAGCUCAAACUACUGAACAAUCAAUGCCUUACAGUCAGACUGAAGCAAACUGUGUGCUACCGCAUCCUGCUUCAGAGCAGUGCACACAGUCCAUGAUAGAAAACAGGGUACACUGUCACCAGAGCACAUUUGAUGUUACUAACAUUGUAAGUGGAACAGUGGAAACUGAUCAAAAUGAUAUGCAUCUGGGGGAAAUGCUAAUCCCUUAUGAUGAAGGAGAUAAGGAAGAGAAAUUGGGUGCAGAAAAAACACCAAAUUUGUCUUUUACGGUAGUGGCUUCAGGAAGCCUAGAGGCCUCUGCUGAUUUUGAAGUAUGUUAUCCUGCCUCUGCAGGUGUUAAACUCGGUAUAGAAAAUACUAGUAACAUUGACAGAGAACAAUUGGAAACAGCAGCACAGUCUGAAAAACAAGCUGCUAGAUGUAUUAAUCCUCAUGAACAAGCUGAAUUAUCACCAUACAUCUUCACUUGUGAAGAUCAGCAAGUAAAAGUCUUUCAGAAUACUGCUGAUUGUGAUGAAACCAGGAAUUCCGUUGGUCAGACAUGUAUGGAUAGUCCUGGAAGUAACAUGUACCUUCUACCAGUAGAAAACAUUGGAAAGCAAGUAUUGAAGAAAGCCAGUGAACCCUUAACCAAAGAACAAAGCGUCCCUGGAAAUGCUGCUUUUCGGUAUAAGCACAACACUCCUUUUGUGUCUGAAGUGCUACCUUGCAGUGUACCAAAACUAAAGAGAACAGUUAAACCGGAACUGAAAUGUGAAGCGACUUUUUUGGUCUUCAGUCCUGUGGCUAGUGAAAGCGAUACUGCUCUAUUUACUUCAACUCCUAAAGAGCGAACAAAACCCAUAACUUUUCCUGUUCCAUCUGUGACAGAACUUGGAGACAAGUCUUCUAAACUAAGACCAAACAAGAUGCUUGUAGGAGAGCAUAACCGAAGGCCUUCACUUAAAACUAGUUCAGGUCAAAUUGCGGGAAGAACAGUGGGCAGAUCGCCUAUUGUGUCAUCAAUAACCAAAUCAAGGAAAUGCGAGAUUGUUAAUUUUCCCAAACCUAAUUUCAAAAACGUGAAGCCAAAGGUAAUGUCUAGGCCUGUACUCCAGUCAAAAGAGAGCGAGCCCUUAAGACAGUCUCCUCAAUCACCAAAAAAAUCAACCACCUCCUCAUCCUCACUAGUUGCUUCCCCCAGGCAACUGUCCCCUUCUGUAAAAGUGCUGAAAAAGAAAACAGAUUUAGCUAAAGAUAUGAAAGUGGAACUGCCUGUGAAUAAGCCCCAUAAGCUGCAUCUUAAGAAACACCUCUUUGCUAGCCAAGUAGUGCACGCCACAACACAUCCUAGAACCGUUUCCCACAGGACUUCAAAGACACCUGCGCUGAAGCAGAAUCUGGAAGACACUGGUGAAGUGAGUGCUACCAAUUCAGUGUGCUCUUUGGCUGUUGCUGUGCUUCCAACGUGUGGAGAAGACUCAAAAGAGAUGCUGAAUGAUGAGAUGGACACUUCAGACUCCUUAGUGCAGCCCUGUGCUCAAAACAUCUGUCCAAACAGAAGUGAAAAAGAGCAAAACUGCAACAUGGGAAUUCUGGAAGCGCCGCUGUUAAAAGAUGUGGCAAAUGAAACAUUUGUCCUGCACUCAGUUCCUGUGCAGAUGCCUUCUGUGAAAGGUGAACGAGAGAAAAAUACACCAAAGAAAAGCCCAGUCACUCUACGAAAUGCAUCAGUGUCCAAGGUUAAAAUGGUGCCAUCUGUGUUUCCUUUGAGGAGGGGAAGUGAAAAUAAAAACACUUGCACAAUCAAAGCACCUUCUCAGAGAGGAACUGUUCUAUCGUCAAGCUCUGGUCUAGGAUCUUCACCAAGAGAGAAGUAUGCUGCUGUGAAAAAUUCUCCAGCUUCCCGGGCUAGCUCUGAUAAAGUACUCUCCAAAUCCAAAGUGCCUGUCAAAAGAUCAGUGCUGGAGAGAACACCUAGUAUCUCAUCACUCAGCAGCACUCAGAGUGAGAAGAGUCUUUUCAGUAGUAAUUCUACAAGUGCCACAGUCAUCAUCAAGAAUGGAGAAUGGCCUUCAAAAGCCUGCCAGAAUGGAACUUCUGGAUCUGUUUCUUUGAAAGCAAUACCAAGACCUAGAUUACUCUCAUUGAAAGCAACUCCAAAAGGAGCCAAAGCCAGGUGUGCUUCCUUGAACCAAUGCACACCAAAAUCAUCUGGGCCAUUGCACUCAGCAAGGAAAGUCAGUGAGGCUAGAGGCAGUCAGUUAUUGGGUACUUCUGGAAAAAACAGACAUCAAAGUUUAUUGACUUCUGGUUCUGUUGAUAAGGGCAAGCAGCGGAGUCCUAAAAGCUCAUGCAUACAGACCCAAACCUCCACAGAUGUGCAUUCAACUGGCGCAAAAGGAGCUGAGUUGGCACAAUACAAAACAAAAUGUGAGAACCAAAGUGGAAUCAUCCUGCAGCUCAAAAAAUUCUUGUCAAGCAGUAACCAGAAGUUUGAAGCGUUGACAGUUGUGAUCCAGCACCUCCAGUCUGAGAGGGAGGAAGCACUGAAGCAACACAAAGAGUUAUCUCAAGAACUAGUCAACCUGCGAGGAGAACUAGUAACAACUUCUGCAGCUUGUGAGAAAUUGGAGAGAGACAGGAAUGAACUGCAAGCUACCUAUGAAGGAUUCCUGCAGAAAUUAAAUGAGCAGCAUCACAGCGAUUUAGCUGAACUGGAGGAGAGGCUCAAGCAGUUUUACACCGCAGAAUGUGAGAAGCUCCAAAGUAUCUGCAUUGAAGAAGCUGAGAAGUACAAAGCGCAGCUCCAGGAGCAGGUGGACAACUUAAAUGUCACACAUGAAAACUUAAAGCUGCAACUUGAAAACAGCCACUCAGAAAAAGUAGAGGAGCUGAAAAAGAAAUAUGAAUCCUCUUUUUCGGAGCUCAAGAAUGCCCAUGAAUCCGAAAGGAAGUCAAUUGAAGAUUCCUUUAAGGAGAAGCAGGAAUUGCUAGAGAAAAGAAUUGAUGAAUUAAAAUGUGAAAACAUUGCUCUAAGUGAGAAGCUGAAAUUGGAAGAGCAAAAACAAACAGCCAAAGAAAAAGCCAGUCUUAAAAACCCGCAGAUCAUGUAUCUGGAACAGGAGCUGGAAAGUUUGAAAGCGGUGCUGGAGAUCAAGAAUGAGAAACUCCAUCAGCAAGAUGUAAAGUUAAUGAAGAUGGACAAACUGGUGGAAAACAACACCAUCCUAAUGGAUAAAUUAAAGAAGGUUCAGCAGGAAAAUGAAGAAUUAAAAGCUCGGAUGGACAAGCACAUGGAACUUUCAAGGCAACUUUCUACUGAGCAAGCUGUUUUACAGGAGUCCUUAGAGAAAGAAUCUAAAGUCAACAAACGUUUGUCAAUGGAAAAUGAAGAACUUCUGUGGAAGUUGCAUAACGGCGAUCUAUGCAGCCCAAGAAAACUGUCUCCCAGUUCUCCAUCUGUGCCUCUUCAGUCCCCACGAAAUUCUGGUAACUUCUCUAGUCCUACCGUCUCACCAAGAUGACAUCUUGAACGAAAGGGGACUGCAUUUCAUUUGUGGUCUGCAGAACUGAUCAUAACUUUAAUCGCAGGAGCAAGAGCUAUAUUAGCUGAGUAUGACAACUAAACACAACUGGAAACUUGGUGCAAAAAUGACAAUAAGAGACUGAGACUAUGGGAGUGAGGCUCGCGUAGCUUCUCCCAAAAAGACUUGUUUAUGACCUCUAUGGACAGAGUUGCACAAAGCACUUAGAGAGCAAGGAAAGACUUAUUCAUUGCCUUUUCACCUAACCAUAAGGAAAAGCUCAGGGGCUUAGAGAUAAAGAUCACAACCUUUAUAAUAUGUUCCUUAUCACACACACUUUUUUAAAGGCUGUUUGUUUGCGUGUGCGCAUGCGUGCUGUGGAUGGAAUGGAUGUAACACACCAUGCGUGUGUCUAAUGCUGCCUUCUUUGCUGUGUAUGUAAUAAAGGAUAAAAGCUGAAGACUA